AGGACCACUACCCAUCACCACCACACACUACAAUCCACGACAUCCUCGCUCUUGCGAAUAGCGACACGGGUGACCACAGCGCCCGCCACAUUUACCGCCCACCGAGAUCACCACUACAUCCCGGCGUGAAGCAACUUCGCGCCUCUACCACCACGCGUCGCAUUUUCGCGUGGUCCACACACAACCGCAAUCAUGGCUCCCAAGAAAAAGCAAGAGAAGAUGGCCUUGGGCGAUUUUCUCAAUAAUCAAUGUAUGCGCAACGAUCCCGAAAUUCAUCGCUAGCAACAGCAGCCCGAUCAAUCUUCCUCGCACUUUGCAGUCACCUCGAAUCCAUGAGACUGACAUGAGGAUAUCACAGCCCUUGGUUCAUGGGCCGACGAGAUGGAGACGCAGCCCAUCCCUGCCGUUCCUUCGUACAGCAGUGGCCCCCGCGACGCUCCGGGCGAGAGGCGUGCCUUCACUCAGCCAUCCUGGGGCGAGGCUCGCGGACCACGUGAGCCUCGUGGCGGCGACAAUUUCGGCGACCGCCAGGCGAGUUACGAACCACGAUACCCAACACGCGAAGCCGUGGAAUUUCCCACCAAGCCUCCGUACACUGCGCAUCUCGGCAACCUCGACUACAAUGUAACAUCCGUCGACAUUGAGGGAUUUUUGUCGGACUGCCAAGUGACGACUGUGCGCAUUAUGGAAGACAAGGUUGAUCGAAAGCCCAAAGGAUUCGGAUACGUCGAAUUUGCAACACCGGAGGGUCUCCGUAAUGCAUUGGCGAAAUCCGAGUCUUCAUUCAUGGGGCGGAACAUCAAGAUCAGUGUUGCGGAUCCACCCAAGGAUCGCCCUGAAGCGUCCCGCGACUUCUCCGACUGGACUCGUCGUGGUCCCCUUCCGGAACUACCACAGAACACCCGUCAGCCAUCAAACCGGGGCUUCAACAGGAGUUUGGACAAUGCUUCCGAUGCUGGAGGCGAGCGUGCGGGACCUGGUUCACGCAAGCCGAGUUUCUUCGAGAACGAUGGUAAAGUACGCGACCUCGGAAAUUGGGAGCGCAAGGGUCCAUUAUCGCCCCCACCUGGACAAGCCCCGCCAAACCGUGACGGUGGCCGAGUGAGAGAGGGUGGACCUCGCGAACGGGAGGGUGCAAGCUGGGGUGAGGGUCAAUCAGACGCUGGCUCGAGGCCCCCGCGGAGAGAGUUUGAGGCCCGUCCUCAUGUCGAGCGCGCACCGACCGCUGCCGAACAGGACAACCAAUGGCGAUCGAAGAUGCGCCCCGACGCACCUCCUCCUGCCGCUGCUCCUGUGGAAUCUACACCCACGUCACCAACCCCUGAAGCACCCAAGGAGCGACCGAGACUUAACCUAGCCAAGCGAACCGUAUCAACAGUUGACCCCGAUGCCACUGCAUCGGCGACGGACUCGAAGGCCUCGCCGUUCGGAGCUGCCCGUCCCAUCGACACAGCGACCCGUGAACGCGAGGUCGAGGAGAAGCGAGAGGUCGCUGUCCGCGAGAAGAAGGAAGCUGAUGACAAGGCUCGCGAAGAAAAGGCCAAAGCCGAUGCUGCCAACCGCACCACGCGUGCCGAUCGUGCGGACCGAGGUCAGGCCGAACAGGAUGCUGACAAGAUCACGUCGCCAACUUCAGAUGCCCGCAAGGACAACCGCCGACCUUCGCGCCCUGUCAACGGCGGCCGCGGUCAAUCCAAGGAGAAUGGAGAUGUCCCUCAGCAAGCCCGUCCCAGUUUCAAGCUGCUUCGCCACGACCCAGAAGAUGGCGAGGAGACCACUGCAGAGGCUGGUGCGACAGACGGCGUGGAUGCAUCCGCGAACGGCAACAUCGUCCACGACAAGGCGACUAAGCCGCAAGAGCCUGUGGUGCCCGCUGGCGGAGCGCCCGAUGCCGAGACCACUGCCGAAGCCCUGGAGGACGAUGGAUGGAGCACUGUCCCCGCCGGCGGCAAGGUGAAGAACAAGGGCCGCGCUGGUGGCCGCGCCCUUGCAUCCUAGACAUGACGUUCCGAUUAUGACGAUCCAUCUUACCUUAU